CGGGGCCGGGCGGUGGGGGUUGCUCGGCGACAGCGAGGACUCCCCCCGCCGACCAUGAAGAACCCGGUUCCGCAGGCGGCCUCGCUGCUGCUGGAGAAGCUGAUGCUCCUCGUCAACGUUCGGCCCCUGCCCGCGGGCUCCGGCGGGGAACCGCUGCCGGCGGCCCCCGGCUACUACGACACCAGCUGCUUCAAGCGGGGCGACCUGCUGGAGGUGCCCCGCACCCUCUUCAUCCACUUCGGUAUCUACCUGGGAGAGAAUCGCGUCGCCCACCUGAUGCCCGACAUCCUGCCCGCCUUCACCGGCGACCGCCGGCAGAUACAGCAGGUGGUGACCAACAAGCGGCUCAUCCUGGGCGUCAUCACCAAAACGGCCAGCAUCCGCGUGGACACGGUGGAGGACUUCGCCUACGGCGGCAGCAUCCUGGUCAACCACAUGGACCGGCUCUUCGAGGACCAGGUGCUGAGCAGCGAGGAGGCGGCCCGCCGGGCGGAGAAGCUGGUGGGCGCCACUGCCUACAGCCUGCUCUGGAACAAUUGCGAGCACUUCGUCACCUACUGCCGAUACGGAGCCCCGGUCAGCUUCCAGACCGACAAGUUCUGUGAGACUGUGAAGAUGAUUAUUCGAGACCAGAGGAGUGUUCUUGCUUCAGUGCUUGUGGGAUUAGCAUCAAUAGUCUGCCUGGGUUUGGCACCCUCCACCACUCUCCCAACUAUCUUUAUUCCCUUUUUUCUGUGGAUGGCUGGCUAACAGCCUUCCUGGAGGCUCACAACCAGCGUCUGUAUAUAGGAUGUAUACUACCGUAUUUAUGAAAGCACAGAUUAUUCAUCGGUGUCACGUAAAGUUUCUUAACCUUGUGUGCAGUUUUUAAAUACAACUUUGUCUAGAACAUAGUGCACAAGGCAUAGCUUACUGUGUAAGCCAAAUAAUAGAUUUCCUGAAAAUCUCAGCUGGUACAUUUUAACACACUUUAUCACAACCCUAUUUUUUCAUUAUUUACAGUUCUGCUCCCUGUCUUCAGCUGUAAGUGAUUCUGGUAAUAUCAUGUUCAGUUUCUUAGCUGCAUAUCCUGGUGUCAUGACUAUUAAUAAAAAUGGAUGGAGUUCCACAAAGUGAUGGAUAUCGAAAGCAAACUACUUACAUUUUCCUUUGAUACAGAUAAUGUAUAUUCAGAAGUUACUGUCUCCGUUCCUGGAGUAUUCUUUAUUGGAGAUAGAUGUAAACUUACUCUUCUUGACAGCAAAGAAGAAAAAACAACCCUAGGCUGGGUGCUGUGUGCUGUAGGAGCACAUCUGUCUGGAUUGGCUACAGUCAUUUCCCUUCUGGGAAAACAACACAAAUCUCUCGUUUGUAUUAAUUGCAUAAACACUUGCUACUGUAUUGAACAACUUUUAAAUCUGGUUAGUGAUAAGGAAAGACAGCGAUUCCUCAGCAUUCUCCUUGCUACCGACAGACGUCAGUAUAGCUAAUAUAAAUGGCUACAGAGAGUUUUAGGGGACACAGGAGAAACUAGCUUACUUUAUGACAUCUCGUCACACAGAAAUAUCAGAAACUUCCGGCAUUCCAGUGCCUUUAUUGCCGCCUUGCCUUAAACCAUGACAACAUGGCAGGGAGGAGGACAGACACCAAUGUCUCUGCAAUGGGACCCAGUGUGGGUGCCAUAAAACUUCAGGGAUCAUUGGAGCAGUUUACCUAGUGGCUGUAUUGUCAUUUAGGAUAUUGCCUUAAAACAAGAUGUCUCUCUGUGAAAGACGACCUGUCUUUCUAUGCUCACCUCUUGUGAAUUCACUUGCAAGCCAACAGUUGGUGCUAAAAAUGAUUCAUCUUCAAAGCUGAAGCCUUUCUGUGUAUCAAGAAUGUGUAAAGUUGGAUUUGAAAUCUAGUUCAUCUAGCCAAUUGAUUGAGUGCUAAAAAGCUUGGCUAUUAUUUGCUUUGCUAUUAUGUCUUGAUGUAUGUAGAGAAAUUGUUCAAUUCCUGGAAUGCCUUGCAUGUGAUACAUGCACUUACACGUUCACGCACUAUGCUUGCCUUUCUUUCUAGUCAAAGGUGAAUACCAUGGUGUCUUCACCAAGGACUAAACCUUAAAUUUGCUUCUUUCUAUGAGUGGUGUUCAGUAUCCUGUCUCAUCAGCUCUGCUGGUGAAGUGGCCACUUUUUUCCCCAUUUUUAGAGAGACUAAUUUUAACUGUGCUAUAAACCCCCUUCACCUUCCCCUAGACCUUACAACUGCUUGAAGACUGGGUUCGCAAACUGACUCUAUUUGGCUGCUCCAGUGUAACUGACAAAGAAUGUAAAGACUGGGGUGAAAUUCCAGGCCCAUAGGAAAUGGCAGCAUGGCCACUGCUGCCAUCAACCGAGAGGGGAUUUCAGCCCUGCUUUUAGUACGUGUUCAGUCUGCAGCCCAGCUCCAAAGCAGCUGGAUAUCAAUGACUCUUGGACCCUCGUAAACAACUUCUGUUCUCCUUUCAAAGAUUGCAAUGCUCUGUGUAACUGUUUCUGGUAAACUUUUAAAAUUAAGGUGUUUUUUAAUUAACAUGAAUUGCUUUUUCAUAGUGUACACAUCAGUAAUAUUUACAUAAAUUCCAGUGUGUUUUUUUUUACUUCCUGUGCAUAAAGUAUGAACUGUACUCAUUACUGUAAUUAUAUAAAUAGAAUUUAUUCAUUUAAAAA